GAUGGAUAACUGGACAUCUGAUACCCACGUUCAGAAGCCAUGAAUUCAAAAAAAUUGCUCUCAGAAACACAGAGAACAUUUCCUGCUACUACAGUGCGCUGCCAGCAGCCAUCACGGAUUCUCGUUGUGGAUGUCACAUCGCCUUCCUGGACCAACACCUGCUCUGUGCUCUCUGAAGCUCUGGAGAACACACUCUGCCUGGCGUGCAGUUUGACAGGCCCCUGCCGCGUUCCCCUCCUGAGCCUCUACGUGGUGGAGAGUCAGCAGGAGUGUCUGCUUCCCUUCACGCAAGUGAGAGAAAACUUUGCACGAAUUCAAGCCUGCCUUUUGGAGCUCCGUUCGCUGCCAAGAGAAGGCUCUUUCCCACAGGGGGGAAGCGGAGUGGUACAAGCUGUGCAGGAUGGACUGCAGCAGUUCAAACAGUACAGCAGACACACAGCAGCAGGAGGCUCAACAAACAGUUCUGUUGAGAUCACAAUUCUGACUAGUCAGUCAAGCAAAGAAAUGGUAAAGCAGCUGGAAAACAAGUUAAAAGAUGUAGACCUCAUGAGUCUGCGAAGAAUGCAAGUCAUUGAGGUUUUGAAGAGAGAGCUUCUGGAGCCUGAGGACGUGGAACAGUGUGUGCCAGCAGAGGAGCCCAGCAGUGCCGACAUUGCAAUCCUGGGAAUGGACAUCGAUGUGCAAACCGUAGAGGACAACGUCAUCAGCUUGGAGAUGCUGUUCAAAACAUGGCUACACGACUACGGCAUAGAGAGAGAACACCUCCAUCUCCUCCUGCCAUCAGGAGCCUUCAGCCAUGCCAUCACACCCAAGACCGCCCUGAUGUGCCUGAAGUGUGAUUUGCAAGAGAGAUUGCUCGACCCAGCUCUACUUUCUGGGAUGGUUGAUGGCACCGUGAGAGCAGCAGAUUUGAACUCACCCUGCCAGAUGGCAGCCUGGCCAGCUACAGUGCUGUACAAACUCCAGGUUGUAAAGGCUCUGAAGUACGAAGGGGUCUGUGAGUCUGUGGUGUACGGACUGCCCUUCAUCAUCAAGCCCACAAGCUGCUGGCAGCUAGACUGGGAUGAACUGGAGAUAAACCAGCACAGCUUCCACGCUCUAUGUCACAGUCUUCUGAAAAGGAACUGGAUGCUUUUGGCCAAACGUGAGCCACAGAACACUAAUCCAAACUGGAACAUCAUGGUGCAUUCCUACUACAUCAUUGCCCCUUCCGACUCUGCCACUCUACUUGUCAAAGCAGUCGCCAUCAGAGAGCUCUUGCUGCCGUCAACCUUCCCAGCCCUCCUGUCUGAACAUCCUGAGAGAGUGCACGGCCAGAUAGAGAGUGCCCUGAACAGCUUGGAAGUGGAAGUUGCUUAUAACCCCUUGCACCUAAAAAGCAACCUCUACCAAUACCUGAAGAGUGCAUUGUACAAACCUCUGCAUAGGCAGCAGCCCAGGGACCAGCAACCGGAGCGGCACCAGCCCAAGCAGCAUCAGAGCAGAGCCAAAGCCACCGUCGCGCCCCUUCUGAUGGCUCCUUCUCCUGUCCAAGCGUUCCGACCAGCAGCGGCGAGGAGAGAAUCCUGUGAGCGCGCCCUGCUCCCCAGGGAGUACGACAAGUUCCUGCAGUGA